AUGCCGUCCCCAUUACCAAUAAAUACCCCAAGUAGCAAUAGGGCGUCGAACUCCUCACCUCCACCAUCUUCAUUUGGUGGCGGAUUUGGUAGCGCCAGUGGUUUCGAUCAAGAAUCUCAUUUAGGCUCGAGGGCACAGUUCCCUAGCUCGUCACAACCCCAGCCAGCCGCUUUCGCUGCAACCGGCACUUCGCAACUCAGCUCACAGAAUGCAUUUAGCGAUGACAGAUCUGGCGAUGCCGCACCAGAUCUACCGAUGCAGAGCAUGAGAAGAAGAACAAUCAAUCAUGUCAAAAAAGUGGAAGAUGUUACAGGAGAGAAGGUGCGUGAAGCUUUUGAACUCUUUUUAGAGGAGUUCUCGCUUCCCACUGCUGAUGGUGAAAGAAGAGAUAAAGUUUACAGAGCCCAGAUCGAGUUUAUGAAAAUAUAUGACCUCAGUACCAUUUACAUUGAUUACAGACACUUAUCUAUGAGAGAGAAUGGUGCUUUGGCUUUAGCCAUAUCGGAGCAAUAUUACAGAUUUCUUCCAUUUCUGCUGAAAGGACUGAGAGCCGUUAUUAGGAAAUAUGCUCCUGACCUCCUUCUUUCUGGGGAUUCAUUGGAUAAUUCCGAGGGUGGGAUAGAAGACUACACAAAUUCGCAAGGAAAUAGUCAAGCGGCUGAGACGCGUCAAAGCACUGGAUCACGGACCUCGGGCUCUCAAGAGCAGGGCGAGCGAGUAUUCCAAAUUAGCUUCUAUAACCUGCCCACGGUUCAUAGGAUUCGUGAUAUCAGAUCUGAGAAGAUCGGCUCCUUGCUUAGUAUCUCAGGGACAGUUACGAGGACCUCCGAGGUUCGUCCAGAACUGUUCAAGGGCAGUUUUACCUGUGAUAUGUGUCGUGCCAUAGUUGAUAAUGUUGAGCAGGCAUUCAAAUACACUGAACCCAGCUUUUGUCCUAAUCCCUCAUGCGAAAAUAGAGCCUUUUGGACAUUGAACGUCUCGCGUUCGAAGUUUCUUGACUGGCAGAAGGCCAGAAUACAGGAGAAUUCCAAUGAAAUACCGACGGGUUCCAUGCCACGUACUCUAGAUGUAAUCUUACGUGGUGAUUGUGUGGAACGGGCCAAGCCUGGCGAUCGGUGUAAAUUUACAGGUACUGAGAUCGUUGUUCCUAAUGUGGCCCAAUUAGGCUUGCCUGGUGUUAAGCCGACUUCUACCAUGGAUACAAAGGGAAUUGCGAGAAGCUCCGAAGGUCUGAACAACGGUGUUAGCGGUCUUCGUUCCCUGGGUGUGCGUGAUCUAACUUAUUCGAUAAGCUUUCUGGCCUGUCACGUCGUUAGUAUAGGUUCUAACGUCGGACAGGCCCAACCGGAUGAGACAGAUCUCGAGAGCAAUCUACAGGCCACUAAUAAUCUGCAAACUACAAAUGUUUACAACGACGAUGGCAAAGACCAAGAGGUUUUUUUGAACAGUUUAAAUUCAAACGAAAUCAACGAAUUGAAAGAAAUGGUGAAAGACGAACAUGUCUACGACAAGCUGGUGAGAUCGAUCGCUCCUGCGGUCUUUGGACAUGAAGCUGUUAAGAAAGGGAUACUCCUUCAGAUGUUGGGUGGGGUACAUAAAAGCACAAUUGAAGGUAUAAAACUGAGAGGUGACAUAAAUAUUUGCAUUGUUGGUGAUCCGUCGACAUCCAAAUCUCAGUUUUUGAAAUAUGUGACAAGUUUCGCCACAAGAUCUGUGUACACAUCGGGCAAGGCGUCGUCGGCCGCAGGUUUAACAGCGGCUGUGGUCAGAGAUGAGGAGGGUGGCGACUACACCAUCGAAGCCGGUGCUCUGAUGCUUGCUGACAACGGCAUUUGUUGCAUCGAUGAAUUUGAUAAGAUGGACGUUUCAGAUCAGGUUGCCAUCCACGAAGCCAUGGAGCAGCAAACCAUUUCCAUCGCGAAAGCUGGUAUCCAUGCCACCUUGAACGCAAGAACUUCGAUUCUGGCUGCUGCAAACCCAGUUGGCGGUAGGUACAACAGGAAGCUUUCGCUGCGAGGCAACUUGAAUAUGAGUGCGCCUAUCAUGUCAAGAUUUGACCUGUUCUUUGUCAUUCUCGAUGAUUGCAAUGAGAGAAUAGACACAGAGCUGGCGUCUCACAUUGUGGAUUUGCACAUGAAGCGGGAUGAGGCUAUCAAUCCACCGUUCACCGCGGACCAACUCAGACGUUACAUACGUUACGCCCGCACUUUCAAGCCCAUUCUGACAGAGGGAGCCCGCAAAUUCCUAAUCGCCAAAUACAAGGAACUAAGAACAGACGACGCUCAGGGCUAUAGUAGAUCGAGCUACAGAAUCACCGUGAGACAGCUGGAAAGUAUGAUCCGAUUGUCUGAGGCCAUCGCAAGGGCCAAUUGCGUCGACGAAAUAACGCCUGCGUUUGUGGCGGAAGCGUACGACUUGUUGCGUCAAAGCAUAAUCCGUGUAGAAGUUGACGACAUAGAAGUCGAUGAAAACGAGGAAGCGCAGGACGAGCAGGACAACGCCGACACUCCAACCGAUGGAGAUGCCAUGUCGCCCGAUUCGACUGAAACACACGAUUCCGCUACAUCCGCCGCUCAAGCCCCAGAACCCGUCGCUAAACGCAAGACAAAGACUACCGUUUCCUACGAAAAGUACGUCUCCAUGAUGAACCUGAUAGUUCACAAGAUAGCGCAAGUCGAGCGUGAAGGUGGCACCGAACUUACCGCACCGGACAUCGUCGAUUGGUACUUGUUGCAAAAGGAGAAUGACCUACAUUCAGAAAGCGAGUACUGGUCCGAAAGAAAACUCGCCUUCAAAGUACUGAAAAGGCUGGUAAGAGACAGAAUACUGAUGGAGAUACACGGCACAAGACACGACUUAAACGACUCCUCCCUUCCAGCAGACGCAAGUGACACCAAUCAAGAAAAAAUCGUAUACGUUGUUCAUCCAAACUGUGAAAUAUUGGACACGCUCGACCAGGAGCAUCAAUCGCACUCCCCAUAG